GUGCUUGGUUCAUUUUACCGAUAUCUUGUUUUGGGCCUAUCGAACGAAUUCGUUUCGUUAUUGCGGGUGGCGGAAAAACUCGACGGCCCCUUUAAGAGUUUUCCAUGCGAGUUCUUACUUUGCGUAUAAGUGAGUGUGCCCGUGUGUGUGUGUGAGUGACCGUGUGUCUGUUGUGUCUAUGUGUGCAUGUAAAGCAAUCACAAAAAUAAACGGUUCAACUCAUCAUUCGUCAUCGGCAGCAAAGAAAGAAAAAUAAAAGAAGUUUCCGAAUGUGUUUAUGAAAACUUCAACAAAUUGAAACGUAAUCAGGCGAAAGCUGACAGGCAAGUGCGUGAGGAGAUUUUGUGUAUAUUUAGAGGAGAAGAAAAGUAACAUCAGAGACUAGAGAGCUUCAAAGGAGAGGAACUCGAACUAUACCCACUUUGCAUCCGCCCCCUCCGCGCGUCGCCUAUGCCAACUGCCAGUGAAAACGCAUGAGUUCUGUCAACGAAAUGACAUGCAGCAUCUGUCUAUGUAGAGCCGUGCGUAGACCAGGACGUGCUGCUGGGCUGUCGCAGCUAUUUUUAUGAGGCCCCCAGCCUCCAAGACUCCAACAAUAACCACAACAACAACAACAACAACAACAACGAAGACGACUGGGACGACGACGGAUGCGUGGCCCCAUGAAAAAUCAAUUAACACGCAAAAUUAUUAAAAGACGAAAAACAAAACGAAAACUCUUGUGCGAGGGGUUUGGAAACUAGAUUUCCAUCUCCUUUACCAUCUGCAACUGCAAUUGCAACUGCAACUGCAGAAAUCUAUAUCUCAAACGGCCUGGCAAUAUCUCUCAUCUUUGUAACUUCAAAGCAGCUGCAACGGAAUGUCGCGCCUCUAUGGAUUAGGAUUUCUAUUUGCCGUGCUGCAAUUGCUACAUGGCGGCUGCCAAACUGCCACAGCCAUGAAAGUUUCUCUAUUCGGCGAUGGCUAUGUGUCGAUGCCGCUGCAGGAGGCCAAAAUGUCAACGAACAUACGCGUCAAGUUUCGCACCAAGCAGGAGGAUGCAUUUCUCUUCUUGGCCGCUGGCCGUACCGAUUAUUGCCUGCUGCGCCUAGAGAGUGGACUCAUAAGUUUAAGCUAUAAAAUCGAACGGGAUGUGAUACAGUUGCGCUCGCCAAAGAAACAGAAACUUAACGACCUGGAGUGGCACGAUGUGGCGGUUCAACGUUUCGAGAACAACAUCACAUUGCAGGUGGAUGGUCAUUUAAUGCGCAAACAGCUGCCUGGAGAGUUGCCGCCACUUAAUAUACAUUUCGGUACAUUUCUUGGUGAAGUUGGUGAUUUUACGGCCGAGUAUUUAAAUGAUGUAAUCGGCUUUCGUGGCUGCAUAUCAGAUGUGUUUUACAAUAAUAUUAACAUUAUUAAACGGGCCAAGGAUCGCACUGGUCACACAACGAGCACUGGAGUGGCCUGGACGUGCAGCAGUGAAUUUGAUGGCAAGAUUCAGGAUAGCAUUAGCUUUCUACAAAAUGAUUCAUUUGCUCUGAUGCUUAAGGAAUCUCAUGCCACGGGAGAAAGUCUCUCUUUGCAAUUUCGUACAAUGGCCCAGUCGGGUGUGAUUUACUUCAAUGGCGGCUAUGAUUUCGUGCUGCUUGAAAUCGAGGACCAGCACAUAAAACUGACCUUCAACAAGGCUGGCAGUCUGGUGCAGUUCAUUACAAAUGAGUCCAUCUCGGAUGGCAAAUGGCAUCGUGUUGCCUUGCGUUAUAGUGCUGCCGGGGCAGAGCUAUUGCUGGACGAUGCCACAGUGGCUUAUCAUGGCGAACACGCUAAUGAUACCAAGGCCAGCAUAAAUCUCGAGAAGAGCGUUUUCUUUGGCGGCGUCCAGGAGGAAAUGCGCCGCAGGCUAAUCAACAAGGGAUUGCGUAUCAAUGAGAUUAGUUUCAAAGGCUGUAUGCGUGGACUGCAAGUUAAUGACUUGGCAUUGGGUUUCGGUGAGAUGAAAAUCUCGCGGCAUUUGGCUUUGAAUUGCCUCUGGAAGUAUCCUUGUGUGGAGUUUAAUCCUUGUCUUAAAAGUGGGGUAUGCAGUCAACAUGGUGUGGAUGAGUUUAUAUGUUAUUGUGAUCAAUCGUAUUGCAUCAAGGCAGAUUUUCAGGGGCCAUUUAAGAUCUUUACGGAUAUCAGUCCGGAACUGGAGCUACUCUAUGUGUCACCAUUGCAAUUGCUGGAAGGUGGCACUGCCUUUCUCUCACCCCAUAUAAUAGACAUUUUGCUUGAUACUCGUCGCUAUCCCAGUCUCAAUGAGCAAUCGAUUGUUUUCCAUGUGGUUCAGCAGCCAAAGUAUGGACAAUUGCUACAAUAUUCGACCCAGACGGCAACUUUUGUACCCUGUCGCACUUUCAACCUGGUCGACUUGGCCACUGAUAAGGUGAAGUAUGUCCACAAUGGCAUGGAGAAUUUCAAUGAUCAUGCCACGCUGGAUAUGCAAGUUUCUGGCGAUGUGCACAAGAUCCCAGAGAACAUCUAUGGCAAGCAUCGUUUUCUGUUACAUGCCAAUAUGACCGCCGUAAAUGAUCCUCCCCAGCUUCAGUUGCAUUCGCAUAAGAUUCUUCGAGUUGUGGAGGGCAUUGAGCGUGUCCUUGAUGUCGAUUUGUUCAACAUCGAUGAUCCAGAUAGUGAGCCCACUGAUUUGAUCUACACUAUAUUGCCAUCACAAAAUUCGCAAGAGGCCUAUGGACGUUUCAUGGUCAAUGGCAUGCCCACCAUGACCUUUUCGCAGUCCGACGUUAAUGUGGGCAAAGUGUCGUAUCUAUAUAAUACAACAACAGCCGAAUCUUUCAGUUAUCAACUACUGCUACAGGUUUCCGAUGGCAUAGAGACAAGUGAGACGGUCUACUUGCCAGUUUCAGUGCAUCCGCUGGAAUUGCGUUUGGUCAACAAUACGGGCCUAAUCAUGAUACACAAGAGUUUCCUAUUGCUGACACCGGCAAAUCUCUCCAUUGGCACAAAUGCUGUGGACGAGCAUAUAGAUAUACGCUACGAUGUGGUAAAGGCACCUCAGCAUGGAGUAUUGCAGCGUCUGCGACAGAUCGAUGGCUCCUGGGUGAAUGUGGACUGGUUCAGCGAUAGCCAACUGCUGCUGGGCCACAUACGUUAUCUGCACAACAGCGAUUUCCCUUGGCAAGAUGAAUUUAAGUUUAUUGCCUCGUUUGGCUUUGUGACCACGCAAACAUUUGAUUUCCGCAUAACAUUCACGAGACUUCGCAUUCAGAGCAAUACGCCUUCAUUGAUUCUGAUCAAUGGCACUCGUGAGUUGCAGUUAACCAAGGAAUUGCUCUAUUAUGACACCACUCCGAUUGCCAGUUUUCCGCGAAACAUUAUCUACAAGAUCAGCAAAACGACGCGUUAUGGUGGCAUCUAUGUGGAGGGUUCCAAGAAGGCAGCCAAACCCAUGGAUUCGUUCACUCAACUGGAUAUAGACAAAAGGCGCAUUCGGUACAGGACUUAUCACACCAGCUACUCGAGUUUCACUGAUCAAUUGGACUUUUUAGUCUCUGUGGACGAGUGCGAUGAUCUUGUGGGCACUCUGAGAAUAGCCUAUAGACCUGAAAGGGACUUGAUCAAUAAGCUGAGCUAUCAAACCCAUGAGGUUGUACAAGUCCAAGAGGGCGAGAGAGCUCUGAUUACGAAGAAUCACUUUGAGAUCUUAUUCAAUAUCUACGAGAGCCUAGACUUUCAGGUAUCGGUAGCUCCGAAUCAUGGUGUGAUAUGUAAAUAUGAUGAGCAAACGGGCUUAACCACUCCCAUUGAACUCUUUAGCCUUGAUCAGCUGUUCCGUAAUGAUAUCUACUAUUGUCACGAUGACACUGAAUCGACUAGAGAUAACUUUGAGCUACUGAUACUCUCGGGAGACGAGACAGAUCUGCAAUUUGUGUCCAACAUGGAAGUGCACAUCAAACUGGUAAAUGACAAUGAACCCUAUAGGACGGGGGGAGAACGCAUCUUUCAUGUGGUGAGGAAUGGCAUUAGAACUCUCAAUCCCAUAGUACUGCAAUAUCUGGAUGCCGAUAUGAACACCAAUCACACGGAUAUACACUAUGUUCAUGUCUCGAGCACCAAUGGAGCUUUCUACAAAUCGGGACAUUAUAUAGACAGCUUCAGUCAGGAUGACAUUGCAAAUCGUAGGAUAAUGUUCCAGCACACAGGAGCCGAUGUGGGAUCAGCUUCGUUUAUAGUCACAGAUCGGCAACAUGAAGUAAAUGGUUUAUUGGAAAUAAAAGCCUCAGACCCCUUUGUUUCAAUGCUGCCCACAAAUGCGUCCAUUGUGCAGGAGGGAAAGUUUGUAAUACUCAAGAACAAAGAUUUUGUGUUGGAGACCAAUUUAGAUAUGAAAUUGGAUGAAAUUUUCUAUGAAGUCAUAAAGCCGCCAUCCUAUGGUAUACUAAUGUAUUUGGGCAGACAACGAGAGAAUGAGAAUGGCUCCAUGAUCUAUAAGACCACCAACUACACUUCUUUAAAUAAUUACACUCACUUGGAUAUAGAACGCGAAAGAUUGGUCUAUUGGAACACUGAAAUUGCAUCCAUGGAUAAAAUGAGAUAUCGUGUGCAUAUCAAGAAUAUAACCACCGAAGGAGAGAUAAUGUUUAGAAUUUAUCCCUCAGCCUAUUGGGAACCUCUGCAAGUCAAACAGAAUCACACUCUUUAUGUUGAGGAGUCAACUAGUGUGUUAAUUUCAAGGGACGUCUUAGAGGUGGUCCAUCCGAACAUAUCACCUGGGGAUAUAACAUUCCUGGUAACAUCCUCACCCAUGCAUGGUUAUCUUGAAAUGCAAUCCAUGUCCUUUGACGAUGAGUACAAUUGCAAGGUAUUCGAUCAGUCGUCGGUGAAUACCGAGAAAAUGUUCUACAUACAGGCAGGAGUCAACCAAUCCACGGACUAUUUCAUAUUCGAUGUCACCAAUGGCAUUACGUGGCUACGUCAACUGAUGCUAAAGAUUGUCAUUAUACCCGAGAAACUAUAUAUGCAUACCAAUAUCCUCUCUGUGGUGGAGGGUAAAACUGUGCAAUUGAAUCCCACAGAUAUACAACCCUAUUCCGAGUAUUAUCGUGGCAAAAUAUUGGAGUAUAUUCUAACCAUAACUCCCAAUUCGGGACACAUAGUGGCGGGCAAUUCAAAAGUCAAGCGUUUCACGCAAAAGCAAUUGGAACAGGGAAGCAUUCAGUAUGUGCACAAUGGCAGUGAGAAUGCCACCGAUACCAUCACCUUGGUGGCCAUGGCCAGGAACAAGGAGAGUGUGCCAUUUGAGUUGGAAGUUGCUGUGGUCCCAGUUAACGAUGAGGAACCCAUGAUGGUCACCAAUACGGGUCUGCAAGUGUGGAACGGUGGUCGCUAUGUGAUCAAGAAUACAGAUUUAAUGGCCCAGGAUUAUGAUUCGCCACCAGAGAAUCUCACCUAUAUGGUGAAUCAUAUCUAUGGCGGUUAUUUGAGCGAAAAGCAUUCAAGUUCCCACAAAAUCGAUCACUUUACCCAGGCUCAAAUCAAUAACGAGGAAAUCUAUUUCAUGCACGACAGCAAUUCACGCAAAAACGAAUUAUCCUUUGUGGUCACAGAUGGACUUUUUAAUACCUCCACUCAGUUGCUUAACAUCGAGAUAAAGCCGAUUGAGAUUCUGGCUGAGAGAAAUGAGAAUCUACAUGUCUUUCCGCUAACUAAGAAGCAAAUUCUGCGAGACCAUUUGCAUUUCAAGUGCUCGGAUGAGGAACGUGAGAUACGCUAUAAUAUUACAGUGCCCCCGAGUCUGGGAAGGAUUGUGAAUGAAUAUUUGGAGAAUGCCUAUACCAAGGAGAUUACUGAAUUUACCCAAACGGAUGUGGAUAAUGGUCAUAUCUUCUAUGAGCACACGGCUGUUAUAAUGGAGUUUCGUAUCAAUGAUUCCUUCUAUUUCGACGUGGUGGCCGAGCGAAGUGAUCGUUUAUUAGAUCAGAAGUUCAAUGUAGAAAUCUCAGUUUCCUCGGGUGGUCUCUUAAGAUUCUUGCCCGUAUCAAAGCUCACUGUGGAUGAGGGUGGCUCAGUGCCCAUUAAAUUGGACUUUUCCAAGAUUUUGGAAUACCUAAAGACCAGAGCUGGCAUAAAUAAUCCAGAGCUGUAUAUAGAGACAGCCCAGAAGCCCACACAUGGCAAUAUUGGCUUGGGUCAUGAGUUUAAAUCAAUGGCGAGAUAUCAUCCAAGUGAUUUCUUCACCAAGAAAGUCUACUACAUACACGAUCACACGGACACUUUGGAGGACACCAUCCUGAUGUCUGUGUUCUUGACCCAGGGAAACAUAUUCCUAUGUAAUCUGACCAUACCAGUUUCGAUUACUCCCAUCAAUGAUCAACCCUUCACACUGAUGACACAUCUUCCUCAAAUGACCGUUGUGGAGGGUGAAAACCGUACAAUAACCCGUAAUUUCCUACUUACCGAGGACAAGGAUACGCCGCCUGAGGAAAUCAUCUAUGAUGUAAUGAGUGGUCCCACUUUGGGGGUGCUCAAGAAAAUCAAUAACGAUGGCCAAGCCGAAGAGCUAUUGGCCUUCUCCAAUCAAUUUACCCAGGCUGACAUCAACAAUGAUCGUAUAAUCUAUGUUCACUUUGGUACACCACAGAGUACGACAUUUUGUUUCACUGUCUUUGAUGGUCAGUUCAAUCCGGCCUAUGAGAUUUUCACAAUUAAAGUGGAACCCAUUGCCUUGAUGCCUGCGAAACUGCAGAUUCCUGUGAGUGUGCCACAAGGUGCAACCAGCGCCACCAUGAAACUGGAUCACAUUGGCCUGAUGACCAAUGUGCAAGUGGAUCGCUUGUCCUAUAACAUAACCAAUUCACCAUUGUAUGGCAUCAUUGUCUACAAACAUCAGCCCACAUUGAGAUUCAAUCAUCAACAGUUGGAGACCUCGCAAAUAAGUUAUAUGCAAACGGAUCUCAAUCGUUCCAAUGACACGUUUCAGGUCAGUGCCUACGUACCGGGAACUAACUACAAUGCCCAAGUGGAUGUCGUCGUGGAAGUGGAGCCAGUCAUCCAGAUCAAUGAUAUAGACAUGCGCGAGGCAGAACCAUCGACGGCAGGAAGCAAAAUGAAGUUGAGCACUUCUUUGGUCAAUGACAAUGCAUUGUCCCUGAAACUAAACAAAUUUAAUCCCAAAUUUGUUAUCACACGAAUGCCAGCCACUGGGCAGAUACGCAAGAUCAUCCGUAGCACGGGACUGACCAACGAUGGUCAGAAUGAGAGAUCCACGAAUAUAUUUUCCUACAAAGAGUUGCGUAGCGGUGUGGUCUACUUUGUGCCCAAUGAGUCCGUAGAGGAAACAGAAGCUGACUCGGAUAGCUUUGAUUAUCAGUUGCUUAUCAAGACGGUGCAGCCGGGCCAGGCAUCGGUUAUUAUAGAAUAUCGGAGUCCAUCGAAGGAGGCGGAAACUAUUCAUCUGGGUGGUUCGACGAUUUCGAUAAAUUAUCUCGCUGUUGGUUGUGCCAUAUUCAUUUUGUUGAUUUGUUUAUUAAUUGUUCUACUUAUACUGAAAUUGCAUAAAUUACGCAAACAUAAAGCGGAUAUAUCCAAAGAUCAGCCGCCGGCUUUACCUUGCCCACCAGACUUGACGUCAGUAAGCCCGCUGCAUCAUCAUCAGCAUCAUCACCAGAGUCAUAAUUAUGCCAGCUCUGAGGCGGAUUCAGUGCCAGCGACUGGCAAUUCGACCCCGCUUCCCGGAUUCAGCAACAUCCCACAUUGUAAGAUCAUACCCGUCGAGUCAUAUAAGCACGAGUUUCCCGACUACGAUCCGGAUGAGGACGAGACCGAUGAUCAAUGCGAUCCACAGCAAAUGAUGCUGCCGCAACGCUAUAAUCCCUAUCAUCUGGAUCAUGAUGCUUGGAGCUCAUCCUGCGAUAUGGCAAAUGAUUUCGCUGGCUACGCUUCGGUGCCACAGAGUAUUUCCGGUUCUGUUAGCUCACCGCCCUCGGCCCCGCCCACGAAUCCCCUACUGCGUCGAAAUCAGUAUUGGGUUUAAGAGUGCCUAACAACAAGUAAUUGCAGUUAGUCCUAGAUUAUUUAUUUCUAUGUUUAGAGAGGAUUACCUACAUUUAAGGCUGAUUUUUAUGAGAUUCGCACUUAGUUUUAACAAAGGAUGACUUUCUAAGGCUAAGGAUUUGCCAUAUAAUCACAUCUAAUUUGUGUGGUACAUUCAUACAAAAUCAUUAAGAGAUUAAGUCAACAUACGAGAGUUAUACUCAAAUUUGUUUUAAGCCAUUUUGCCAACUUUUGACACAUCAAAUACUUAUUAAAUAAAUGACAAUACUUUUAAGGACAUAA